UCAUGGCAAAGUUGUUGGUAGCUUGUGUUAUUCUUACCGUUGCCCUGUUCGGUUUGAUCCAUGCGUCGGAUCUAAUUCUGGGCACGGUCAAUCCUGGUGAUCGUAUCCUCUAUUCCCAAGUGACCGCGGCACCCGGUAUCCCUGGAGGUCUUGUGAGCCGUGCAGUCAACUACUCCGGCAUCUACAACAUUACCGCCAUUCGUGCCUACGAUCGUACCUUCAACCGUACCGGCCAGGCACACAUUACUGGCGGUGGACUCUACCAGCGGUUUGUCUACUUGGCCCUCCAGACACGCUUCGUCGGCAAUCCGCUCGAUUACUUGGUGGAGAUUUAUGGACGAUAAGACACACAA